AUGGGAGACGCCCGCUUGAGACGGAUCAACAAGGAGAUCAACGACUGCAAGAAUGACAAGGUCUCUGGUAUCCAGGUGACAUUAAUAGAUGAAUCGCCAUUUCACCUUGUCGGGACCUUCCCAGGACCAGAGAACUCGCCAUACGAGAAGGGCACAUUUGAUGUGGACAUUGUCGUUCCCGAAGGAUACCCGUUUCAGCCUAUCAAGAUGAAGUUCAUCACCCGUGUCUACCACCCCAACAUCUCGUCGCAAUCCGGAGCCAUCUGCCUCGACAUCUUGAAAGACCAAUGGUCGCCUGUCCUCACGCUCAAAUCCACGCUCAUGUCCCUCCGAUCCUUGCUCUGCUCACCUGAGCCCAACGACCCGCAAGAUGCCGAAGUAGCGAAACACUAUCUUCGCGACAAAAACGACUUUGAAAAGACAGCACGUAACUGGACCGAGAUCUACGCCAACGGCUCCGAGUCCGCUCAACCGCCAUCGAAAGGACAGACUGACGACAAGGCGGACCCGAUCCUGCUGGCAGGGUUGAAGAAGGAGCACGUGGACCAAUUUGCCAAUAUGGGCUUCGAAAGCAACAAGGUUAUUGAGGUGCUCAAGAAGCUCAACUACCGUGGCGCCAACGUCCGCAACAUCACCGACGACACUGUCCUCAACGAGCUUCUCAAUUGA